AUGCAAUUCCACCCUAUUUGGACUUUUAUCAGCUUGACCUUUUCAGUUGCUGCAGCUGUCAGAUUUGAUUUGACUAAUGUAACUUGUACCGAUUUGCACGGUGUCCACUGUGGUACUUAUGCCCUGAAAGUUGCCGAUGUUGAUGGCGCCUUCUUGGGUCAAAAGACCUUUGUUGGAGCCGAUGUUUUGGCAACAGGGGCCGAAGAUGCCUGGGGAAGAUUUUUAAGUCAAGAAACUAGAUUCCUACCACGUUUGACCACUGUUGGAACUAAUGAGACCAAGAACUUCUCUCCAUUUUACUUCACGACCAAUCAUGAAACAUGCAAUCCUCAGUCAAUUGAGGACUCUAUGAUUCCAUUUGUCAACACUAUUACCAAUGAAAUUCAGUUCGAUGCGUGGGCAUAUACUGCUAUGAACGUUUCUGUUCCUACUGGUUUGGCAAACCAAUUGUUCAAUGCUACCGACUAUGGUGUUCAGGUCGCUCAAUGCUAUAAUGGUAUUGCAUCGGAAUUAUUGGAUGCCCCAACUGUGAACAUUUUUGACAAGGAUGAAGUCUUACCAAGCUAUUGCUCCCCAAUUAAGUUAGAAGCGGUCUGUCCAAUUUAUGUUACUCCUUUGUUUGAAUGA